CUGUGAGUUCUCCACCUCUCCUGCAUUAUUGCGUGCCAUAUCCACACACCGUCGCGGACAGUUGCGCAACAUUGGUGCCCAUUGCUACUCCACGGCACAUCGCAAUAUCCUUCCGAGCUUGCUGGAGUCUGAUCCCAAUAUGAAGACUAAUGACCAUUCACAGCGACUGCAGGCUCAUCUCUACUCGCAGCCAUGUCUGCGAUGCUCGACGACCCUACGGCCCCAGUCAUCAUGCGUACGUCUGGUGAUGUCCCCUGGCCUGCACCUGGAGGCCCAUUGCCCGUGGGCAUUGCACCAUCUCAAGUGACCCUUCGCGACCGCGUCACGACAGCAACUAUCAUCCCCUUCUCUGCGCCAAACCAGGUGCCUCUCACACUAUUGGCCUACUUGUGCGACCAGCUUGGCCGCGAGAUAGAAAAGGGCGAUACUUACCCCAUGAUCGAGCCGCUGCCGCUGGAGAACUUUGGUCCGUACUGGUUCGGCGUUUUUGGGGCCAUCAUGCUGCUUGGCGAAAUUCAGGACGGACGAGAACUGCAUGAGAUGGCGCGGCAGGGCUGUGACUGGGAGCGUGAGUGUCUGGGGAGCUUUUACAUCAAGCCAAACUAUCCUGGUCGGUCAAGCCAUGUCUGCAACGGUGGGUUUUUGGUGACUGAUGCUUCACGGAAUCGUGGUGUUGGUCGCUUGAUGGGUGAGACGUACUUGGACUGGGCGCCAAAACUCGGGUACACAUACUCGGUCUUUAACCUUGUCUAUGAGACUAAUGUUGCAUCAUGUCGGAUAUGGGAUGCCCUCGGCUUCAAACGUAUCGGUCGUGUCAAGGGCUGCGGUGACCUAAAGUCACAUCCAGGUGAGCUAAUCGACGCAAUCAUCUACGGUCGCGACCUAGGCCAGGAGGACGACUUUGUAUCUGAAGAACGAUUCGACAAGAUACGCUUUUACUUGAAGAAUGGAAAGUAUCCAAGCGGUGCCGACAGAGCCGAGAAGAGUCGUUUGCGAAGCGCCGCAACCCACUACAAGCUGACACCGGCUACGGACCACGAACCAGAGAAGCUCUGGUUGAAAGGCAAGGAAGUAUUGUCAGAUGCACAGCGUCAGUACGAGAUUGCGCGAGACGUACACCACAAGUCGCAUGGUGGGAUCAACAAAACCACCGCCGCUAUUGCAGAGUCUUAUCACUGGGUGCGCAUCAAGGAAACUGUCAGCCAAGUCAUCCGCAAUUGUCCUGAGUGUAGUGAGAUGAACAAGGGCCUGUCAGCUAUGCGCACAAACCAAUCACGAUCAUCUACCACCAACGGACAGCAGCAUCAACAAUACUCACCACCCGCGAACGAUCAAAAUGUAUCUCCAGCAGCUAUGACACAAUACGCGCCAGACCAGGCGGCAGAUCGUGCCAAUUCGCCUAGCUAUCAGCUUCAGUCGGAAACUCAGCAGCAACGUUCACAGCAACCUCCGUAUUCUCAGUACGCCAAUGAUACGUACGAUUUACCUCUCGACCCUGUGUUGAUGCAAGGGGUGCAGCAUCUAGCAGAUCUUCCGCCUAGUCCGUUUCUCGCUGCUCAAACCCAAAACGAGGAUCAACAACUGGGCGGCCAUAUUCUACUAGAAGCCUCUACCAAUUCUUAUGAGCAUACCGGCGGGCCGCAACGUCGGGUGCCGAGUGCGAGAGCAGAGAUGAGGCGAAGAUUGGACCGGGUAGCUAGGUAUGGGCGGCGGGGAGCCGGAACGUGAAAACCAGGAUGACUUCGAUUCUAACUUGUAUUAGUGACAGAACAAGAACAACUAUGCGUCUUAAGUACGGUGCGUUCUGGGAGGGAUUGCUGUAGCUUGAGGCGCAUGGCUGCUGACUGCCCUGGACUCUUGGCUGACUGGAUUCUCCUGCCUUCCAAUGUCAGGUCCUGGCUGGCUCAUCAAACCAACAGAAUAGACUCGAGAGUACGCGACGUGGGUUGUCAGACAGUCCACCGGGACGCCUUUUGCUCUACACAUCAACUUGCUAUAUACCGGAAGGCCGGGACGCAAUUUAAUGAUGUCUUACAGAAAUCACUCCGUAUGUUUGAUGACGCCCAGAGACUUGCAAUUGUUGUACAUGCCUACCCAAC